CAGAAGAGCGCUUACUGGUCGCGAGCAGCAACGGACAAGCGUUUCAACAGAACGCACAGGCGUCAAAACACUGGGGCUGAAAAUUAUGAAUUUGGGUGAUGGCCUGUUGUUUGAGCUGGAGAAUGGCAAGCCAAGGCUUGUGUUGGCUAAAUAUGGUGCUGAAUCAAAGUCCUGUAAUAAGAAGAACACUUGUCGGAUUCCUCCAAAGAAAAAAACACACAAAAUCAUCAACUCCAAACAAGGUCCUCCACAACCAGAUAAAGCUGAACAGGAAAAAAGGAGCAAAGAUGCACCAGCUGUUAGUUCUGUUGGUCAGAAUAUCUCGCACGGACCCAGAAUGACCAACGCCAAGCGCAGGCCGGAGAGCACGUCCAGCGAAGCUGUGAGAGUCCAGUCAGACAGCAGCAGGAAUGAUUCUUGCACAGUCACACAGCAGAAAGAGAGUGUGGUGUGUCUGACACAGGAGCAGUUUCAGCAGAUACUGAGCACCAUCAGCAGCUCAUCUGCAGCAAAUGCACAGCAUGAUCCAAACACACACACCCACUCAGCAGAACCUGUGGCCAGCUCAGAGGAAAACUGUCCCAGAACUACAGGAACAGCUGAAGAGUUGAUCCUGGACAACUGUAAUUAUAGACACAGAGCAUCACAAGUAAAGACAGAAAGACAGCUUCCAUCAGAUGAGCAGCAGUCAGGGCUGUUCAGCACAUUUGGAGAAAGGGAAAGGGAGAGAGACAAACUGGAAGCCAGAAAAGCUCAGUGGAGGAGAGAGCUGGAUGAGCAGAUGGCUCUGAAGAGGCAGCAAAAAGCCAGUCUCAAAGAUAUGAAAGCUUUCACUGAAUCAUGUGAAGUGAGGAUGAAAGAGAUGCCUGACACAGAUUGUACGAGCACACGGACGGCUGCUGGAACGGAGAGUUUAAACUGCAGAGCUCCAGCUCGGACACAGCGAGAGCUUCCUGCUGCCAUACGUUCUGCCUUUAUAGUGGGGGAAGCAGCUCCUGUUGAGGACGUGUACAGUGCUCAGAGACAGGAACAGCAGAGACGUUGGUUACAGGAACUGGACAAGCAGAGAGAAGAGGCCAAACUACGCCGGCAACAUGACAAAGAAUUCAACAGCCAGGCUGAGGACAUUGAGCGGUGGGCCGUUCAUUUUGACUCUCUACACCAGCCCUUACCUGUGGGUCCUGAGCGAGGGGUGCCUGACACGAGCAGCUGUCUGUCUCAUCAUCGGUCCAUCUCUGGAGCUCUGUCCACUGCAUGGGACGGCAUGAGUGCGUUUGGAGGGGACAGUCUGGGGAGGGCCAGUGUUGACACCACUCAGGGAAACCAACAGAGAUCCAGUUAUCUUCGCACAAUGACAGCCCUGCUGGACCCUGCUCAGAUCGAGGAACGAGAACGGCGAAAACUCAAACAGCUUGAGCACCAGCGAGCCAUUGAGGCUCAAGUAGAGGAGCGCAGACAUCAAAAAGAGAAAGAGGAGGCUGUACGGAGAGCACAGGAACAAGAAGAAGAGAGGAGGGUUGAAAGAGAGCGGGAACAACUCCAGCAGCAGUAUAGAAAGGACACUGAGAGACAGAGACACAGAGAGGAGGUGCAGUCACGUAAAACGGAGGAGCUAUAUCUGAGCAUUCAAAGAGCACAAGAGGAGGCUUUUAAAGACAAACACAUCCAGAGAAUCAGAGACUUGGCCAAGAAAGGCCACGACGUGUCCAAACUACUACACAGCCUGGAAGGAGACUCCUUCUCACAGGCCCUUAGUGGUGAAGAUUUACCUGGUACAUCAGCAAUGCUGCAGAGUCAAACUCAGAGAACGUCACCUUCUUCCACAACAUCUCCAAGAAAAAACACCGCUGUUCAAACAGAGAUCAGUCCUCAGCCUAUGAAUGAGACUGUGAGAUAUGCGGAUGAACAAUUUCCCAGUGCUGCAGUCACGUGCACAGCUCCUCUAAACACGCUGAACAGCAAGAAAUCCUAUCAAGGUGAGGUAAAAGCAUCCGAAAAGACCCACAUCAAACAGCACACGUGUGCCGCACCAAAAGAAGUCGCAGCUGACCCUUACGAGCCUUACGCACGGACCGGCAAGAGCCACAAACUGGAAAAGAAGCCGGAGUGGAACACACAGAGACCCAGUAAAGCAUUCGUCCCAGCAUCUGAGCGGUACCCUGAAGCCCUGCAGAAACACAGGCAGGAAAGCAGGAAACAGAGGCAGAAAGAGCUCAUGACGCUGAUGGAAAGAAACACACUGUCACGAACACCACAGCAAGAUCUGCUACCACCAGCAUACGCUUUUAAUAGUCAAAAACCGCAAGCACAAAGACUCAGGAAGUCUCCACAACCACAGAGUGAAAAUCAUCUCCAAGAACCAUCUGCCUUCAGUGCUGAAAGCAGGGUGACAUCUCCUCCCAUUCCUGCAGUAAAGAACCGUGUGCAUCAGCCAUCACAACAGUCCUCUCACCAAAUGACGGAGGAAACGAGCCGCCCUCCGUUAUUAGACUAUGUGCCAUAUGUGCGUACAGACGAGGUUUAUCACAUGGACCCCCUCGCUCCACUGUCCAGACCCCCGACACAUGAAGCCCAGCAGAGAAUUGACACAGUUGUGAACAGCAGCAGGCAGGCGACGCCUCUGGUCCAACAAGACCUCCACCCUCCUAAAAGCACUGAAAGGCAGCAGGCCAUACUGAAGGGUCUGUCUGAGCUAAGACAGGGUCUGCUGCAGAGACAAAGAGAGCUAGAAACCAGUUUAAACCCUGUACUGCAAGCACAACACAGAAACUAUUUCUCACCUUUUAGACCUUUGUGAUCCAAAGCUGCUUUCGUAAACAAGACCAAACCCGGUCCAGCACUUUAUACUGUAAGAUGUGAAUAGUGGAGCUAUAGAGAUGUUGCUGUCUGAAACUUAAAUUCAACUAACAAAAGGGGUUUUCAAACCUGUCCUGGAGGCCAUCCUGCCCUGCACAUUUGGUCUCCCUUAUCAGACACACAAUUCAGUUCAGUCUUGCAGUCUCUACUGACGAGCUGAUGAGUUGAAUCAAGUGUUUCAGAUGAGGGAAACACACAAAAUGUGCAGGGCAGGGGGGCCUGUUAGACAUUCUUGUAGAUGUGUAAAACAUCAGGCACAUUUCUGGGCUUUGGAGUUGGAUUUUGACUUCUUGAAAUGUCAUUUUAAAAUCUUGGAUGUCAUUCAUAUAGAGCUGCAAAACAAUUAGUUGUGAUCGACUGAUUCAAAAUAAGUUUAUGUUUGCACACUAUGUGUGUGUACGGUGUAUAUUUCUUAUGUAUAUAUUAAGGAAAAAUGUUAGAUAAAUUAUAAACAAGUGUUUACAUACAAAUGCAACAAAUAUAUUUUUCUAAAUAUAUACAUGUGUAUUUAUAUAUACAUAAAUAUACACAGUACACACAUAUAGUAUGCAAACACUUAGUUCUGCAGCUCUGCACUAAUGUUUUUAUUGCUUGAAUGUGAAUUUUACAG